CACGUCAACACAGUUUCACUAUAGACUCGGUGGAAUACGCUCAUCGCUUAUCCGUUUAAUUACGAUAUAAAAACUACUCGUUCGAAAAAUUUGAAUUUGGAAUUAGUGAAAGUGCUGUGUUGUAAUUAAUGUGAUAGAAAUGUAAUAAGUGGUAAAUUUAAUUUUUGAUUAAGAAGAAACCAAAUACAACGAACUGUAGUAGUAUAAUGUGAAGAUGUAAAGAUGCUGUUUAAAUUGUGCAAGUCUUGUCAAUACUGCUUGGAGACACUAUAUUGGACAUGUUGCGAAGAAAGAUUUUGUUUUGAUAAAAAAAUAGCUACAUAUAAACUAGAAGACAACACUCUCUACACCAAUGGCUAUUCCAAUAUGGGUGCAAGUUUAGACAGUGUGAUUACACAACAACCGAUUAACAACAAUCAUUUACCCCCUACUGCUAUUAUUGGAAGAGAAAUCAAGGAAUUACCCUUGCACGCUGAUAAGUUGUACGAGGUCUUUUCAAAAUCUUUAAUAUUCAGAGACGAACAAGAGCUGAAAACAGGAAGCACGAAUACAUUAGAUGAAAUGGAAACUAAAUCUGAACCCGACUACUUAUCUGAUAAACCAAAUCGAACCAAAGUGUAUUUCGAAGAUGAAGUUGACUCACCCGUUACAGAUUUCGAAAUAAUGUUUAAAGAUGAACUUUUGGCGUCAUAUGAUAUGUUUAAAAUAGAAGAGGAAGAAGAAGACACGAGAAGUCAAGACACCGAAGAAGGAUUAACUAUGAUAGCCAUUAAAAAGCAGGAUGUUAUCAAACCAAGCACCCUAACCUUGAAAGACGAGGUAAAAAUCAAAAACCAGCAUCCAGUUUAUGAGUACGACCCAGUUUCAGUAAUUACCCUUCCUUCAACCCUUGUGUUACCCAGAAUAGAAAGUGUUAAAGGAAUUCUUAGAACGAACAGUGCAAAAACUUUAGAUAGAAUUGAUAGUUCCAGCAAACUUAGGCCAAUGUUAAAUAGAGUGGAAAGUCUUAAAAGUAUUGACCCAAAUAAAAUUAAUAAGGUUUUAUCAAGGGUGCCACAUAGGAGUGCAUCAUUUUUGAAUAUCCCAUCUUACCUUACACCAGAGAAACCACCCCUUAUUAAAAGCAAAUCGACGGUCGGAGUGCCAUCCCUUACUGAGAGUGAACUAAAAUUAAGUUCUUUGCCGGACACGCCGAUAAUUAAAAGUAAUAAUUUACCAAGAUUCUUUGCGGAUACACCACCUACUAUGCCAGAAUUUAAGGGAGAAAAUAGUUUACAAAGCAUUAAACAAAAAACAGCCCUAAUGUUUAAGGAAAAUGAUUACAGUAUGCCAAGGUAUUAUGGUACGGUUAAAUCUGCAGAAUUGUCUGAGAGCAAAUCAAUGCCUGAUUUACGAAUUCCUAAUACAACUGAUAAAUCAAGUAAGCGGCUGGUUAAGUUAAGAAGUAAGUUGAAGCCUUUGGUUAUACGAAAAAGCUCGGAAGAAAGACUGUAGUUUAUUUAAAACAUUAGUGAUCGCGAAGCACCAACAGAAAAUACCAGGAAUUCAAAGUACCUUAUUUUUUGUCAGUAUUACUCUUUCCCUUGAUUUUAGUAUUUCAUUUGAAUUUAUAAUAGUGACGUAUAUUUAAUAAUUGACAUUGUAUUAGUAAGUUGAUGAAAAAUGAAAGCAGUUUCAUUAAAAUGUUAUGUAUGACAAAACUAAAUAAUUCGAUGCAUUAUCGAAUUUGACCCCUUUAAUGACUCUAAAUUUUAAUAUAAAUUGUAUUAAAUUAUUCAUGUACUUACUUAUUGUGAUAAAAAAAGUUACAUUUACUUGUUAUAUUAUUACUAUGUACGUUCAAGCUUUCUUUGUCGUAUGUUUUUAGCCAAAAAGUGUAUUUUUAUGUAAUUUGUUAGAAACAGUAUUGAUAAAUGUUUUUUUUUUAAAUAGUAGUUGGUUACAUUAUCCGUGUACAUAUCUUAUUGUGUGCUUACUUUUAGAAAACUUUAAAUAUAGUCUAAGAUGUUAUUGCCUAAAAUAUAAUAGUAUCGAAUGUUUCCGUUAAUUAUUAUUAGAUAAAUAUGAUAUAUAGUCCCAAUAAUUUAGUGAGCGGCCAUUAUCCUUAAUUUUAUUUCUCUAGUCAUGUGUCAUAAUCAUUACGUAUUAAUAAGAUACAUUAAUAUUUUGUAAUAAGUAAAUUAUUUGGAAAAUUAAAUAUCUCUAAUUAUGUGAUUUGACGUUGAUCUGUUACAAAUUGAUGUUAAUAAACGAUUAUUUCAUCGAAA